AAGAGUGCUCUGCUGUUCUUAGGAAUCUGCUGUAAAAAUGCGGCCUGCCAGUUGAGAGUGCUUUGCUGUAGUGUUGCGCCCUCUGGUGACAAUUGUAGCUACCUACCUCUUUGUGAAUGUUUGCUUAUUUAAUGCUAUUUUCAUGUAACUUGUUUGACGAUGUAAAAUAACAUUCACAUUUAGAAAAAGAAUAAUUAAUUGACGCUUCCGCAACUUGUCACGUCCAACGCCCACAAAUAGCUUCGCGGUGAUCUAGGAGUUGUAGUUUUUUUACGCUUAGAAGAUAUUGUCACAGGCGAGAGAAACACUCCACUCCCAUGAUGCUCCAGCUAAACCACUGAACAGGCGCGCACACGCCCACGCCGACUAAAGCCGUCGGCUGUAAUCCUCACACAGCUCAAUCCUCUGCGGUUAUUUUCGGCCUUUAAAUUUGUACUCUUAUUAGUAUAUCACAUAAAAAUGGACAACUCCGGGAAAGAGAAGGAAGCUAUCCAGCUAAUGACUGACGCUGACAAGAAAAUCAAGUCUUCGGGCUCCUUUUUGGGCGGGAUGUUUGGAGGAGGACAUCACAAAGUGGAAGAAGCCUGCGAGAUGUACUGCAGAGCGGCCAACAUGUUCAAGAUGGCCAAGAAUUGGAGCGCUGCCGGAGGAGCAUUUUGCAAGGCCGCCCAUCUCCACAUGCAGCUGCAGAACAAACACGACUGUGCCACCAGCUUCAUUGACGCCGGGAACGCAUACAAGAAGUCCGAUCCCAAUGAGGCAAUCAAGUGUUUAAAUGCCGCCAUCGAUAUUUACACUGACAUGGGAAGAUUCACCAUCGCAGCCAAACACCACAUCAGCAUCGCAGAGAUCUACGAGUCAGACCUGGUGGACAUCGAAAAAGCCAUUGCACAUUAUGAGCAAGCAGCAGACUACUACAAGGGAGAGGAAUCAAACAGUUCUGCCAACAAGUGUCUGCUGAAGGUGGGGGCUUACUGUGCUCAGCUGGAGCAGUACCAGAAGGCCAUUGAGAUCUAUGAGCAGGUUGGAGCCAACACCAUGGACAACCCUCUGCUUAAGUACAGCGCCAAAGAGUAUUUCUUCAAAGCGUCUCUCUGUCAUUUCAUCGUGGACGAGCUGAAUGCCAAGAUCGCUGUGGAAAAAUACGAGGAGAUGUUCCCAGCUUUCUCCGAUUCUAGAGAGUGCAAACUCUUAAAGAAACUUCUGGAGGCUCAUGAGGAACAAAACAGCGAGGCCUUCACAGAGGCGGUGAAGGAGUUUGACUCCAUCUCUCGCCUGGACCAGUGGCACACGACACUCCUGCUGCGCAUUAAAAAGACCAUCCAGGGUGACGAGGGCGACCUCAAAUGAGACCUGGCUUCAGUGGAGACACGGACAGGACGAAUUGGUCAAUCAGUCAAUCAUCACGCAUGGUUCCCUACACACACACACACACACACACACACACUUUUCCACUGCGCGCUGCUUUACUGUAACACUCGGCUUCCCUUAAAACGGGCGCGUGGCAAUCUAGUAGGAAUGUAAAGCGUCUUCUGCGUGGAGGACAAAGAUGUCUUUUUCACUACCAUUUGUCCUCCUGGGAGGAGCGAGUCAUGUUGACAAGCGCAUGUUUUUGUACGUUUAGCGUGUCUUUUGUCCAAUGUCCAUGCAGUUUCACCAUCAAGCAUGGCCCACGCCCAUCACAAAGAAGGUUAACGUAGCCGCUAAGAGACUGUUAAAGCCUCUCAUUAUUUCCUCAGGAUUCCUUUUGUGGAUAUUUUCUUUGUUGUCAUUUCUUUAAAUUCUUUUAGUUUGAAUGUUGGUUAGGAUGUAAGGUUGGACGCCGCCCCUCACUACUAAGCUUGCACCCACCGCCCCGUGUGUCGCCGGCGUGGUGAGCCGCACCAAAGUAUCCAGCUGCUUCCAGGUGGAAUGUUGACAGACAAGAUGAUCUGUAUGCUUGUGCGAACGGACAAUAAAGUUGUGUUGUGUCCCUG